AUGCUUGUGGAACGUUUGGGGGAGAAGGACAGCUCCCUUUAUAGACCAGCUUUGGAGGAGUUGCGAAGGCAGAUCCGAUCCUCCACUACCUCCAUGACCUCUGUUCCAAAACCUCUGAAAUUCUUGCGACCACACUAUGGCAAACUUAAGGAAAUAUAUGAGAGUAUGACCCCUGGAGAAAAUAGGCGGUUUGCUGCUGAUAUCAUUUCUGUUCUCGCUAUGACUAUGAGCGGAGAAAGAGAAUGCCUGAAGUACAGACUGUUAGGCUCACAAGAAGAACUGGCCUCGUGGGGGCAUGAAUAUGUCAGGCACUUGGCUGGUGAGGUUGCUAAAGAAUGGCAAGAAGUGGAGGAAUCUGAUAAAUCUCAGCGAGAUACUCUGCUGACUUUGGUGAAGGAGAUAGUCCCGUAUAAUAUGGCACACAAUGCUGAACAUGAAGCUUGCGACCUUCUUAUGGAGAUAGAGCAAAUGGACAUGCUGGAAAAAUACAUUGAUGACAAUGCCUAUGCUAAAGUUUGCCUCUAUUUGACCAGUUGUGUGAGUUAUGUCCCAGAGCCAGAGAACUCUGCUCUCUUGCGCUGCGCACUUUCUAUCUUCCGCAAGUUUAACCGUUAUCCAGAGGCACUGCGUCUUGCUCUAAUGCUGAACGACAUGGAACUAGUGGAGGACAUCUUUACUUCUUGCAAGGAUGUCGUUAUACAGAAACAAAUGGCGUUUAUGCUAGGCCGCCAUGGAGUCUAUCUUAGUCUGAAUGAGGAUGUGGAAGAGUAUGAGGAUUUGACAGAAAUCAUGUCAAAUGUUCAGCUAAACAGCAACUUCUUGGCUCUGGCUCGUGAGUUGGAUAUUAUGGAGCCCAAGGUGCCAGAUGACAUUUACAAAACCCACCUGGAAAAUAACAGAUUUGGAGGCAGUGGAUCACAAGUAGAUUCAGCUCGGAUGAAUCUAGCCUCAUCAUUUGUGAAUGGAUUUGUUAAUGCUGCCUUUGGUCAAGACAAGCUGCUGACUGAUGAUGGAAACAAAUGGCUGUAUAAAAACAAGGAUCAUGGAAUGCUCAGUGCUGCUGCUUCCUUGGGAAUGAUUCUUCUGUGGGACGUUGAUGGUGGCCUAACUCAGAUAGACAAAUAUUUAUAUUCCUCAGAAGACUACAUCAAGUCUGGAGCUCUCUUAGCCUGUGGAAUUGUGAAUUCUGGGGUGAGAAAUGAAUGUGACCCAGCUUUGGCUCUGUUGUCAGACUAUGUUCUACAUAACAGCAACACAAUGCGACUUGGUGCCAUCUUUGGGCUUGGGCUUGCUUAUGCAGGAUCUAAUCGUGAGGACGUUCUUACACUGCUGCUUCCAGUAAUGGGGGAUUCAAAGUCCAGUAUGGAGGUGGUUGGAGUGACAGCUCUUGCUUGUGGUAUGAUUGCUGUGGGAUCCUGUAACGGGGAUGUAACAUCCACCAUACUUCAGACCAUUAUGGAGAAAUCAGAACAGGAGUUGAAGGACACCUUUGCUCGCUGGCUUCCUCUUGGCUUGGGACUGAACCAUCUGGGGAAAGGUGAAGCCAUUGAGGCUAUUCUUGCUGCACUGGAGGUUGUUUCUGAGCCAUUCCGGAGCUUUGCCAACACCUUAGUGGACAUCUGUGCAUAUGCUGGUUCUGGGAAUGUCUUGAAAGUGCAGCAGCUUUUGCAUAUCUGCAGUGAACAUUAUGACAAUAAGGAAAAAGAAGAAGAGAAGAAGGACAAAAAGGAGAAGAAAGAGACUGCUGCAGACAUGGGAUCUCACCAGGGUGUGGCGGUCUUGGGUAUUGCUCUUAUUGCCAUGGGUGAAGAAAUUGGGUCAGAGAUGGCACUGCGCACCUUUGGACAUCUGCUAAGAUAUGGUGAGCCCACGCUCCGCAGAGCUGUUCCUUUGGCUCUAGCUCUCAUCUCUGUGUCCAAUCCAAGGCUGAAUAUCCUGGAUACUCUGAGCAAAUUCUCUCAUGAUGCAGACCCUGAAGUUUCCUACAACUCCAUCUUUGCUAUGGGCAUGGUGGGCAGUGGAACCAACAAUGCCCGUCUUGCUGCAAUGUUGCGGCAGUUGGCCCAGUAUCAUGCUAAAGACCCCAACAAUCUUUUCAUGGUGCGAUUGGCACAGGGUCUGACACACCUUGGCAAAGGCACACUCACACUAUGUCCAUAUCAUAGUGACCGCCAGCUCAUGAGUCAGGUAGCAGUGGCUGGGUUAUUAACUGUACUUGUGUCUUUCCUGGAUGUAAGGAACAUUAUUUUGGGAAAGUCUCAUUACGUUCUCUACGGUUUAGUAGCUGCAAUGCAGCCACGAAUGCUGGUCACAUUUGAUGAGGAGUUGCGGCCUUUACCAGUAUCUGUUCGAGUGGGUCAAGCUGUAGAUGUUGUGGGUCAAGCUGGGAAGCCUAAGACAAUCACUGGUUUCCAGACGCAUACUACCCCUGUGUUACUGGCACAUGGUGAGCGGGCAGAACUGGCAACAGAGGAAUAUCUUCCUGUGACACCCAUCCUUGAGGGAUUUGUCAUUCUCAGAAAGAAUCCCAACUACGACGUCUAG